UUACUUGUUAUUUGAUCAUGAUCAUCGUAUUUCUAUUUUAUCAAUGUGGAUUGUGGAUUAUAUGUGAUGCUCUUUCUAACGUUCUAUAAUUUAGUCUUUUAAUUGUUUGACACGACAGUUGUCGCGAGAAAGUAUCGCUUCUCGCAAUUUCUCCUCAAUGUUUUGAUCAUCUCCUUAUUUUGUCUCUAGCUAUCGCCUCUAAGUAACUUUCAAAAUGUGCGACACAGAUUCCGGUGGGAGGGUAAAACGACAGAGGAAAGAAAACCACACAAGGUUAAGUGCCUUGGAACGACUGAAGGCCAUCAAAAGUGGAGCUUCCAAGUCCAAAUAUGAGCUUGAACCUCUAGAGUCAGUGUAUGAGGAAGUCAGUGAAAAAGAGUAUUCCAAAAAAGUCAUCGAAAGGCAAGAAGAUGACUGGAUUGUGGAUGAUGAUGGUGCUGGGUACGUGGAGGAUGGACGUGAAAUUUUCGAUGAUGACCUUGAUGAGGAAUCAAUCCAAACCAGCAAGAAGCAGAAACCACGAUCAUCCAAGAAGCGCGACAGAGAUACAGUUGCUGCUGAAUCAAUGCCCGGUCCCAAAGGCGACAUUAAGAAGCUUUUGGCGAAUAUGCCAUCAAAAAAGAAAAAAGAGGCAGUAUGUGAAGACGAUGAAUUUUUCGAAAAUCUCAUACAAGAAGUGGCAUCUCAAGAUCUCGAGGCACCGAAACCUGCUGCCUCGAAACCCAGCUCGGGCACUUACAGUCUCUAUGAGCCUGUUUCUUCGAAUUCCAACACGGUCAAGACGCCCAAAUUUGAUAAACUUGCUACAUUGAAAAAUGUCAAGCCUCUGACCCCUGUUUUAACCAAAAUAGACUCCCCGAAAACAAAUGGCUCAUGUAUAGACUCAUCGAGUUUUGAUGUCUCAGAGUUAAUAGAUGAAGACAUUGAGAAUUCUUUCAUGGACUCCUCCAAUUUUGAUGAUGGAAAAAUUGAGGAAGUUUCCGUAAACACGCCGCAAAUUAGUGUAGGAGAAGAAAAAUUCAAAGAUAUUGACACCAAACCUGCGCUCUCUCCAGAACCUGUUGUGAAAAAAACUAGCAACUCCGCCAUGUCCAACAUUCUACAAACGCAAAAUGAUCAGUCUUUCGUUCAAGUGAAUGUCGACUCGAAAAAUCUUCCGUUGACCACCGAUGAGUCUGGUAAACAGGUGUUUCGUUUUUUCUAUUGGGAUGCUUACGAGGACUACUACAGGCAGCCAGGCGUGGUUUACCUCUUUGGUAAGGUAGCUGUCCCCAGCAGCAACACCCACAUCAGUUGCUGCGUUGUCGUGAGAAACAUCGAACGCAGGAUCUACCUACUACCAAGGGAGAAGAAGUACAAUCGUUCUACAAAUACGUCAACAGAUGAAGAAGUAUCUAUGAUGGAUGUUUACAACGAAUUCAACAAUUCAGUCUCAAAUAAGUACCACAUUAACCAGUUCAAGUCGCGGAAAGUCACCAAGAAUUAUGCAUUUGACAUUCCAGGUGUGCCGCUCAGCUCCGAAUAUCUUGAAGUCCGGUAUAAAGCAACAGAUAGAGCAUUGCCAGCAGACCUGAGCGGAGAAACGUUCAGUCAUGUGUUUGGAACCAACACGAGCUACCUCGAGUUGCUCUUGCUUGAGCGAAAAAUCAAAGGGCCUUGCUGGCUGGACAUUCAGAAUGCAGAACCAAUCUCCAAUUCCAUCAGCUGGUGCAAAGUUGAGGCUGGAUGCUCAAAAUUAGAGGACGUGAAUGUUUGUGCAAAUCAAGGACCAGCCCCACCCCUGGUUGUGGCCACUCUCAAUCUGCGAACUUGUUUGAACCAGAAGACUCGAAGUAACGAAAUAGUCAUGAUUAGCUGUUUGGUCCACAACUCCUUCCCAACAGAUAAGCCAGCUCCCUCGCCACCUUUCCAACAACACUUCUGCGCGAUGACAAGACCUUCAGACAAAGGAUGGCCAUAUGACUCUAAAGAUAUUGUUUCACAGUGCAAGGUUACAAAAUUGGAAAAGAUGGACAAUGAAAGGGCUUUGUUGGGCUUCUUUCUGGCCAACUUUUUUAGGAUUGACCCAGAUCUAGUCGUUGGUCACGAUCUCAGUGGGUUCAUCUUGGAUAUCCUCCUCCACCGCAUCAUUUACAACAAAACACCUCAUUGGUCGCGAUUGGGGCGUCUGAAAAGAACCAAUCCACCUCAAGCAGGAAAGGGUCGCAACCAGUCUGACAGGUACCCCAUGUGUGGUCGGCUAGUCUGUGAUUUGAAAAUAACAGCAAAAGAAUUGAUACAGAAAGCUCGUAGUUUUGAUUUGGGUCCCCUCUGUGAACAGGUACUCGGGCUGAAAGAAGACGAAAGAGAGGAAAAGAGUCCUGAGCAAAUUCGGGAUAUGUACAGCUCUUCCACUAAACUUCUACAUCUAGUCAAAUUGACAAUGGAGGACACAGCCUACAUGGCACGCUUGAUGUGUGAAUUGAAUGCAAUUCCUCUUGCUUUACAAAUCACCAAUAUUGCAGGAAACGUUUUAUCCCGCACAUUAAUGGGUGGUCGUUCAGAACGGAAUGAAUUCUUGCUCCUCCAUGCGUUCACUGAAAAAGAUUACAUUGUUCCAGACAAGCAAUACGGGAAGAAAAACAAUUUGAAGGAGGAAGAUUUUGAUGAGCUGGGUGAAAUAAAUGUGAACCAGAAGGCCAGUCGCAAAACGGCAAGUCGCAAGAAACCCACUUACGCAGGAGGUCUAGUCCUGGAGCCGAAACGAGGAUUCUAUGAUAAGCUUAUUUUGCUUAUGGAUUUCAACUCACUAUAUCCAAGUAUCAUUCAGGAAUACAAUAUUUGUUUCACCACAAUUUCCUUCCAUUCUAUUGAUCUCCAGGAUGAAGAGGCCUUCAGUCAAGUCCCCCUUCCAGAAGCUAGCAGUGCACAAGGGAUCUUACCCCAGGAAUUGAAAAAGUUAGUUGAGUCGCGAGCGGUAGUCAAGAAUUUGAUGAAAAAGUCAGGGCUGAGCUCCGAUCUGAAACUUCAGUACAACAUCCGACAAUUGGCGCUGAAACUUACAGCCAACAGUAUGUACGGAUGUCUGGGCUUCUCCAACUCUAGGUUCUAUGCCAAAGCUCUCGCUGCCCUAGUUACUUUCAAAGGUCGUGAAAUUCUGAUGAACACGAAAGACCUUGUUCAGAAAUUAAACUAUGAAGUUAUCUAUGGAGAUACCGAUUCUCUGAUGAUAAACACAAACUGUCUGGAUCUAAAUGAAGUGUAUAAAAUCGGUCACAAGAUAAAAUCUGAGGUAAAUAAAACUUACAAACGUCUCGAGCUGGAUCUAGAUGGUAUAUUCCGAUACAUGUUACUCUUGAAAAAGAAGAAAUAUGCGGCCGUUACCAUAUCGAAACUUCCAAAUGGCGAAGUAGAAAUGAAAAAAGAAGUGAAAGGACUCGAUAUUGUCCGGCGAGAUUGGUCGAAAAUUUCAGCAAUGACCGGAGAAUAUGUUUUGGAACAAAUUUUGUCGGACCAAGGCUGUGAUGAGCGUGUAAUUAAUAUACUCGAAAAACUUCGCAAGCUGAAAGAAGAUCUAGAAAGUGAGAAAGUUCCGUUGGAUUUGCUUUGGAUUUCAAAGAAUCUUACCAAAAAUCCCGAAGACUACGCGGAUAAGAAAGCUCUGCCGCAUGUCCAGGUUGCGUUACGACUCAAUUCCAAUGCAGCUUUAGCAAAGAAAUUUCGGCAAGGGGACGUCAUUAAUUACAUCAUUUGUGAGGACGGAACAGAUCAGCCAGCAACACAGCGAGCAUAUCACCCUGAAGAACUGAAGUCAAAUGAGACAUUAAAACCAGAUAUCAAGUAUUAUCUAUCGCAGCAAAUUCAUCCUGUUGUUUCGCGGUUGUGUGACCCAAUUGAAGGUGUUGACUCAGCUCAAAUUGCGGAACACUUAGGUCUUGAUCCAUCUUCAUAUAGACAGUCUACGAUAGGCCGGAAUGAAGAUCUAGCCAACGGAGAUUAUAGCACUUUAGGAACACUAACCGAUGAAGAACGAUAUAAAAACUGUGACAAAUUUACUUUCAAAUGUUCACAUUGCAGUGCAGAAAUAAUCAUGGAUGGACCGUCACGUAAAACGCCGGCUGGUAAAGAAGAGCUCAUCCUCAGUAAAUGCUCGAAUCCUGAUUGUUCUACGCCCCCGUAUCUCUACGUCAGUAGUAUACUCAACAAAUUAACAUUAUCUAUGCGGCAAUACAUCAAAAAAUACUACGCUGGUUGGCUUGUUUGUGAAGACCCUGCAUGUCCAAAUCGAAUAAGGAAGAUCCCUUCGAAGUUAGAGCGUGGCCAGCCAAAGUGCACACUGUGCCACUUAAACUCUAUGUAUCGAGAGUACUCAGAGGAACAGCUAUUCCUUCAACUCAGCUACUUCAUGUCAAUGUUCGAUAUUAAGAAUCAAAAUGAAAUAUCCGAUUUAACGACAGCAUAUCAAAGACUGAAACUGCAUGUAGAUGCUACGCUCAAGUACAGCGCUUACUCAGUUGUCGACUUAGGAAAACUGUUCAGUGGUUUUUUCCCAAAAUCCUGAAAUACAUGGGAAAGGAACAUUAGAAUAGCACAUUGAUACUGCAAGAAGCAGUGUACAUUUUGUAAUAGAUUCAAGGCAACUUCAGAAACUCUCGUCAUAGUUAUUUUGUGGCAUUUUUCAUGUUCUUUAUUUUCUUUAAAAUGGAUUAAAGGCUCUCGCAACCCAUUACUGAAAUUCCAAAUUUUAUCACCACUUUAUUUUUUUAUAUUAUGUUUACCAAUCUAUUUUUGUGAAAAAAUCGUUCACAUCAUUACCAGUGAGAAACUAAAUUCUGACAAGACUUUUAAGUCAGCCCAGGAUUAAUUUCAUGAUCAGAAUCGCUGACGAUCUUCAUAUCAUUCCAUGUUACUAAUUUUUCUUGGAAGUUUAUUUCUCAAGCAUCCAAUUAUUUUCAUUUACAAUGCUUUUUGUGAUAGGUUCUUCAUCUUUUCCUAUCCUAAUAAGUGUAAUGUCUUUUCACCACCAUGCAUACCUGAAAUAUCAAAUUUCUUCCAUUUCACAUAUUAUAUUCUAACGUGCCUAAUGUAUUUCUUCAUUUUUGUUGUUAACACUGUAUUUUUGAAUCCAAAAUCCACCCAGGCAUACCUAAAACAUUCGGUAUUAAAGUUCUGUUGACCGCCUAAGAUCAUGAUUAAUUCAUAGGAAUACCCAGUGCUAUUUAAAAAUUUUAGCUGAUUAUUCGGCAACCUAAAUGAUUUUAGCGUUUAAGUUCUACAGAUUUUUUAAGAAUUCUUUUCAAGUGGUCUUUUUUACAUGUUUAAUAAAUAAUGUUCCUUGGAUGCA